AUCAUUCUUGCUUGAACUAGCGAGUGCCCAGUUGAACGCUCAGUACAGCGCGUAUUUCCAAACGUGAAUUCUCACUCUGUGGGAAAACAACUCUUGAAACUCUUGUGAACCUUUUUUCGUGCAUUCAACAUCCACAAUGGUGAAAGGACCCGCGAUCGGAAUCGAUCUGGGAACCACCUAUUCUUGUGUUGGUGUAUUCCAACAUGGGAAAGUCGAGAUCAUCGCCAAUGAACAAGGUAACCGAACAACUCCUUCGUAUGUUGCCUUCACCGACACCGAACGACUCAUCGGUGAUGCUGCCAAGAACCAGGCCGCCAUGAACCCUGAGAACACAGUCUUCGACGCUAAACGACUCAUCGGACGACGUUAUGACGACACCAGCAUUCAGGGCGACAUGAAACAUUGGUCAUUCCAAGUGAAGAACGACGGAGGCCGACCGAAGAUUCAGGUGGACUUCAAAGGAGAGCGCAAAUCUUUCUACCCGGAAGAAAUUUCGUCGAUGGUUCUGACGAAAAUGCGCGAAACCGCUGAAGCCUACUUGGGACAACCUGUUCGUGACGCUGUCAUCACAGUUCCUGCUUACUUCAACGACUCGCAACGCCAAGCGACCAAAGACGCUGGAGUCAUUGCAGGACUCAACGUCAUGCGAAUCAUCAACGAACCUACGGCAGCCGCCAUCGCCUAUGGCCUGGACAAAAGGAAAGUGACUUCGGGCGAGAACAACGUUCUCAUCUUCGAUCUCGGUGGUGGAACGUUCGAUGUUUCCAUUCUGUCGAUCGAAGAUGGCGUUUUCGAAGUCAAAUCAACAGCCGGAGACACUCAUCUCGGUGGAGAAGACUUCGACAACCGCAUGGUGAAUCAUUUCGUUGAAGAGUUCCGUCGCAAGCACCGCAAGGACAUCUCAAAGAACGCCAGAGCCCUCCGUCGUCUGAGAACCGCUUGUGAACGAGCAAAGAGAACUCUGUCGUCUUCGACUCAAGCUUCGAUCGAGAUCGAUUCUCUCUUUGAAGGAAUCGACUUCUAUUCUGCCAUCACGAGGGCCAGAUUCGAGGAACUCUGCGCGGAUUUGUUCCGUUCCACACUCGAGCCCGUGGAAAAAGCACUUCGGGACGCUAAGAUGGACAAAUCGAAGAUUCACGAUAUCGUCCUGGUCGGAGGAUCAACCCGCAUUCCUCGAAUUCAGAAACUUCUUCAAGAUUUCUUCAACGGCAAGGAGCUCAACAAGUCGAUCAAUCCAGAUGAAGCCGUCGCAUAUGGAGCCGCAGUUCAGGCAGCGAUUCUGAACGGUGACAAAUCCGAAGCUGUCCAAGAUCUGCUCCUGAUCGACGUGACACCUCUGUCGCUCGGACUGGAAACGGCUGGUGGAGUGAUGACAACGCUGAUCAAACGAAACUCCACCGUUCCCACUCGUCAGACUCAGACCUUCACGACGUACGCCGACAAUCAGCCCGCGGUCACGAUUCAAGUCUUCGAAGGAGAGCGGGCAAUGACGAAGGACAACAACAGGCUCGGUGUAUUCGAUCUGACGGGACUAGCUCCAGCUCCGAGAGGUGUUCCUCAAAUCGAAGUCACAUUCGAUAUCGACGCGAACGGAAUCCUCAACGUUUCGGCCGUGGACAAGUCUUCCGGGAAGCAGAACAAAAUAACCAUCAACAACGACAAAGGAAGACUCUCGAAGGAAGACAUCGAUCGCAUGGUGAACGAAGCCGAAAGAUACCGCGAUGAGGACGAGAAGAUGAAGAAGAAAAUCGCGGCGAAGAAUGCUCUCGAAGCUUACUGCUUCAGUCUGAAAGGAACCUUCGAGACGGACUACGACAAGAUCAAGGACAAAGUCCCCGAAUCAGAGAAAAACUCGGUCCUCGAGCGUAUUCGAGAGACUCUCCAGUGGCUCGACGCGAACCAACUAGCGGAGACCGAUGAGUAUGAGCACAAGCAGAAGGAGCUGGAACAAUUCUGCCGACCCAUAGUUUCCAAAAUCUACCAGGGAAGCGCAUCAGGAUCAGGACCCAUGUCGUCAGCUGGAGGUCCCACGGUGGAGGAAGUAGACUGAGAGCUAGAUUUAGUCGAGAAAAAGCUGAGAUAUAUCGACCGAUUUUAUUUAUUGCUGGCAUUUGGUAGUUCAGUGCUGAGUUUGUGAAUAUCCGAAUGUAAACUGUAUUCUAACGCUAGGUAACUUCCAUGAUCUCCAAAUAAAUACCGCAUC